AUGGACCAGACAGGAAAAAGUCAUUUAAAGCGAGACAUUCUGAAGAGAAGGAAUGUUGGUUAUGACUAAAAAAUAUCUGCAUUUUUAUUUCACAGCCACAGCCUUUUUGGUGCUUCUAGCACUAAACUGUAAGGAAUCUAUAAUAUUAAUCUUCUAACUACAGGUUGAUGAUCACUCAUUCAAAAGGAGGAGGUUUCUACCUCAAGACACAAUGAAGUUUGGCUGCCCUGCAAGUAUUCGUUUAUCAGAAGUCAUAAAGUAUUGCAAUUACAAGGUACAAAACCACCAUCACAAUAGUGAUAAUAGCAAUUGACAUUAUACUUCCGCUCAGUAAAAUACAUCCCUUCAUUUCAUAUCUUAUUACUGUCUUUUAACUCUAUUAGAUCAGGGAUGACACAGAAAGACUAAGAAGGGACAUGUCCAAAAAGCAGAAGACUGAUAUAACCAGCAGACAGAAACCCCAAGUGGAACGCAGAAUUUAUAUCCAAUUACCAAAGGAGGAUGAACACAAAGAUCACAUCACUGGAGAGGUCUGUUGAUGUCAAUGGAAAGAACUGGGACACUACCUUAACUUGAGAACAAUAAUAUUAACUUCUGUUUUUGGCUCUUUUUGUUUGAGUAAUAGUUGAAGGCUUAGGGAAAAACACUUUGAAUGGGUGGGACAAGAGUUGAGUCAUUUUCAUAUAAACCUUCUAGUUUUUCAUGUAUAAAUCAUUAUGGUAAUUAUAGUUUCGGACAGGUAUUACUUUCCUAUGAAAAGGCAAGAAGGCAUGUGAAAGAAAGUCAAGUCAGUCCUUCCACUCAAAGGCUAGGUCACAAAGUACAACAGGUGUAUGGGUGGCUACAUGCUAUGUAGUGUUAACAAUCAUAGCCUAGGUCUGUAAAUGAAGUAAUGAUCAUGAAAAAAGGUCCAAGUAGUGUCUAGGACUUGUUACUUGUUGUUGCUAUUCUAUCCAAAUAAUUUGUUUUUUGAAUGUUGUUGUUGACAGAAGUGACAUUUCAUUCAUUACAUGUAAGUGUACAUUGUACCAGCAGUGCCUACAACUAUCAGCAUGGCUGUCAAAAUAUUUCUGUCAAAAAUGUAAUUCCAUUUUCAUUUUUCUCCUCACGUAUCAAACAACCAGAUUGGUGGCAUUCUGCAGCCCAUCGACAAACGGCUUGUAGACAAGAUUGGAGAGCUUGUUGGCGAAGGUGUGAAAACUGUGGACAAAAUGAAAAGACAUCUUAGGCAAUUCGUAAAAACUGAACUAUUUCCAGGGCAAUCUCCACCAGCAUCAACAAACAGGCGCUAUUAUCCAACAGAUGUGGACAUCAGGAACCACAUGUAUCAGGCAUCAGUAAAAAAAAUCCUGUCCAAAUCUGAUCCGGAAAACCUUGAAAAGAAAAUUGAAAAUUGGUGUCAGGAGAACCCACAAGACUCUUUCUAUUUUAGACCCUGUGCCCUAUCAGCCUCAUCAACAGCUUCUGAAAGCAUGAACAAUGAGGAAACAGAUCAAAAUUGUGUGUGA